AAUAUAUCAAUAUACGCCCAUUUAGAAACUCACUAAACAUGCACCUACAUAAAAUACUGAUUAGACUCAGCAAUCGAUAUCCUGCUAACACAAAACACACACACAGGCGCGCACACACACACACACACAGGCGCGCGUGCAAAUUCCUUCGUAAAUGUGCCUUGUUUUUGUGCUAAACUAGGAAAAUAUGUGUCCACUAAAUAUUAUUACACACAAUUCAAAUAUUUAAUUAUAGUCAUUAUACUGCAAAUCAUCGACGAUUUGUUCGUGAGGUUAAAUUAUAGUGUAACCCACCCAAAAUGUUUUCUAUUAUUUACUGGAAUAAUACAAUAACACCCACAGUGUGGUAAUUUGUUAUUAUUUGUUUUAUUUUAAUAGCGGAAAUGUGGUCCUAUUGUGGUGAGGAAUAAUUACUUCAGUCUUUUGUGUACAGAUGUGUGUACAAAACGACGCGCACGCUGGAAAAAAUGUAGCUCGGGGUAAGAGGAACAUUUCACUUUUGGGAAUGCAAACUAUGAAGCUGCGAGACGAGGCAAGCUGAGGGAGAAUGAGAAUUUACUGUUGAACUCUGCGUUCCCUCUUCCCUCACUAAGAUGGCGCCUGCUGUUGACCUCCUCCUUUGUACUCCCUCCACCUCCGUCUCCCCCCUCUCUCCUCCCUCCCUUUUUCCUCCAGCACUGGGCCAUAAUCCGUUGUUGUUAUGAAAUUUACAACAUGGCAAUCCGGCUUUACGAGCCACCUCGGGCUCCCAUUGGCUGCACCUCGUCACGUGGUCAGGCGCAGUGAACAUGAACUUUUUAUAUAUAAUUUCCAAUCGAGGAAUAGAGCAGCCUUUCAUUAAACCGGCUCCCGCUCCUACACGGAUGUUUUCAUCGCGGUGACUCUCUGCAACCUCAACCACUCACAUGUCCUUUUCCCCCCCCCCACUUUGGAGGAUUUGAUGCCACAGAAGCGUCCUUUCAGACGUGACUGGAUGCUUUUGGCAAGAUGUGUGGAAAGAGUCCCGGUGUGUCACUGCCCCCUCCUCGCGGGAUCCCCUCUCAAGUCUUGUGUCAUGGGACCCAACACAAUAGCCCUUUGAGGAGUGUCUUGACCAGAACACUGCGCCCACUUGAGCUCAGUGGACCGGACGGGAGCCGACCGGACCUGAUCGGACCUGCUGUGCAUGCAAGCAUGGCCGGGAUGAGGAGCUCCUCUCCGGAGGCCUUGUUGAUGCCGACAGUGAAGAUUUGGAGCAUCUUGGAGAAAAUGGUUGAAGGAAAUUGACUCACCUCCACGAUGGACAGGCAGCAGCGCGGACUGCACGUGAUCCCUGAUGGCCAGCAACAAGGGCGUGCGUCACAUCUCCUCUGCUCCACACUGACCGUCAUGGCUUAAAUCCGGGCCCAUAAAGCCACCUCACGCGCGCAACUACUCCGGUUCACCCGAGGAGGCCAUUGGCGGAGAGGCGUCACGUGACCACGGGGUGCCAAUGUUCUUCUACAAGGGUGUCAAGACCCUGUCACUUUGUGAAAUAAAUAUUGGGAAACGGCGAGAUGCAAAAGGCAACCUACUACGACAGCUCGGCAAUUUACAGUGGCUACCCGUAUCAAAGCGCAAAUGGCUUCAGUUAUGAUGCCAAUCAGGUCCAAUAUCCCCGCGCCUCUCAUGUGGAAAGUGACUACCAUCGACCCGCCUGCUCCCUGCAGUCUCCUGACGGCUCGGUGGCUCCUCUGCACAAGCCGCUGGAGAUGCAGGCGGAGAGCUGCGACGGCGGCACCGCCGCGCCGUCCAAGGCGCGUCAUCCUGAGGGCAGCCCUCCACCCUCGCGCUCCCCCUCCGAUACCGGCCAGAACAACGGCAGCGCGCAGCCGAGCGCCAAGAGCGGCUCGCCGUCGUCGGGCGCCCGUGGCAAGCAGAUCUUCCCCUGGAUGAAGGAGUCCCGCCAGAACACCAAGCAAAAACCCGCAAAUAGCGCCAGUUCAGUGGAGAGUUGCCCGGGAGACAAGAGUCCUCCUGGGUCGGCCGCCUCCAAGAGGGCCAGGACGGCUUACACCAGCGCCCAGCUCGUGGAGUUGGAGAAGGAGUUCCACUUUAACCGCUACCUUUGCAGACCUCGGAGGGUGGAGAUGGCCAACCUGCUCAACCUGACAGAAAGACAGAUCAAAAUCUGGUUCCAGAACCGCAGGAUGAAAUACAAGAAGGAUCAGAAGGGUGUGGGGAUGAUGCCUUCCCCUGGGGGGCAGUCCCCUCGCAGUCCAGUGGGCCCCCCUUCCGGUGGAGGAUACCUCAGCUCUAUGCAUUCGCUCGUCAACAGUGUUCCUUAUGAGUCCCAGUCGCCGACGUCGUACAAUAAGAAUCAUCAAAACGCGUACGGCAUGGCCACGUCAUACCCCCCCUCCGGUCUGAACAACUCCCACAAGCGGUAUCCCGACUCGGCCACGCCCGAAUAUGACGCGCACCCCCUGCAGGGGGGCAACUACGGCACGCACAUGCAAGGUAGCCCCGUUUAUGGUGGUUACGUGGAACCCAUGGCCAACUCCGGGGCUUCCGUUUUUGGGCUCACGCACCUCCCGCACCCGCCGUCCUCCAACAUGGACUACAAUGGAGCAAUCACGAUGGGGAGCAGUCAGCACCACGGCGUGUGCGAUCCCACGCCCACGUACACAGACCUUACACCGCAAUACUCUCAGGGAAGAAUCCAGGAGGCGCCCAAACUGACUCAUCUGUAGCGGUGCGCGGCGCAGUCUGUAUCACUCCGCCCAUUGUCUAGAAGCCACCUCCGGACCGCAUCACCGUCUUUUCUUUGUGUGCGUGCACACUGCGUCUACCAUUUCAAACUCGCGCUCUCUUUUUUCCCCUCAAGGUUUCUUUUAGUUUGAUGAUGUGUGAAGUAGCGUAUAGGAUAAAUAAUCUUUUUUUUUGAAGACAUUUCGGAGGGCUCGAGGAGAACGUCGAGAGCCAAUGCCUAUUUAAUCUAUUUUUAAAUGUUUUUUCAAAUUCAAACAGGGUAUUAUGAAACAUGUUAUUCGUUUUUUUUUAAAUGUGAGCUUAUUUAUCCGCAUUUGAAGUUUUUUUUAAAAUGCAUUUUGUUGCACUUGUGAAAGGAUCCAUAUGGCAUACGUGAAAGAAAUGCAUUUGUCCGAAAUAAGGGUAUACGAGGUUAGGAUGCAACCCUUUUUGUUUGAGUUGUUCUAUUUGGACAUUCUGAUGUUAUUUAUUUUUGUUUAGUGUUAAAAGUAGUCCUGGUAUUAUUUGACACCCUAGCGAGAAGCUCACUGGGUUCACCCCGCCCCCACCCCCCAACUCCCGUUUUCAACUUAUCUCCACUUCCACCCUUCUUCUUCGAUUAAAUAUUUUGUGUUUAUUAAUUUUCCUACAGAAUGUCAAAUCAAUCAGUCGACGCAAUAAGGGUGGAAGGAAGGAUACACUUUAGUCGUUUCGUUAUUGAACAGAUAAAACACGACAAACCCCUUUCAUACAUUCCAUGCUGCUCCAGUUCGAAGAAGUAAAUAAAACAAUAGAAAUACAA